AUGGGUUCUGUCUCUUACAUUCCCUACCGCCUCGAUGGUAAAGUCGCUCUGGUAACUGGAUCUGGUCGGGGCAUUGGAGCAGCCAUGGCUGUCGAACUGGGCCGAUGUGGCGCAAAGGUGAUCAUCAACUACAGCAAGUCUGCUGGUCCUGCAAACCAAGUCGUCGACGAAAUCAAGGCUCUGGGGUCCGAGGCUGUCGCUCUUCAGGCCGAUGUUAGCCAAGUCCCCAAGACCGUGAAGCUUUUUGAAGAAGCUGUCAAAGUCUUUGGUGGCAUUGACAUUGUCUGCUCAAACGCCGGUGUCGUCUCGUUCGGACACCUGAGUGAGGUCACCGAGGAAGAGUUUGAUAGGGUCUUCAACGUGAACACACGUGGACAAUUCUUUGUCGCCCGCGAGGCUUAUAAGCAUCUAAAUCAGAAUGGUCGGAUUAUUCUGAUGAGUUCGAACACGGCGGAUUCGUUCACUGUGCCCAAACACUCGCUCUACUCGGCUUCCAAGGGCGCCAUCAACACGUUCGUUCGCUGUCUCGCUAAAGACUGCGGUGACAAGAAGAUCACUGUCAACGCAGUUGCGCCCGGUGGAACUGUUACCGACAUGUUCCACGAAACAGCGAAAGACUACUUGCCCAACGCGGACAAGAUGUCCAAGGAGCAGAUUCUUGAUAUUGUCGCCCAUGUUUCGCCUUUGACUCGGUGUGGUUACCCAAUUGAUAUCGCCAAGGUAGUGUGUUUCUUGGCUUCGAAUGAGAGCGAAUGGGUCAAUGGCAAGGUCUUGGGUAUUGAUGGCGGUGCUGCGUAG